AUGUCUGCUUUCCGGUCUACUGAGGACAUCAGCAACAACAUGAACACACUACACAACUGCCACGACGUGGCUCCAUAUCCUUGCACGUCUGCUGCAGGAGGAUUGCACCACCCCAUGGUUCAUGAAGCCGGCCUACAGAGCCCAUCGCUGCCAUACACAGGCAUUCCCGAGAGCUACUUCAACGGCCGCGCGGGCCAAGCGAUCGACAUGGGCAAAGUCUACAGCAACACAUACAUGUACAUCUGUUGCCAGUGUGGAGACGGACCCAAAGUCUACAAUGUUCAACCACAAUGCAUUAUAUGCCAGCACAUUGCGUGCUCCAGCUGCCGUGAAGUCAAAUGA